AUAUUACUGGUAAAGUAGAAAUUACCGAGACAAUUGGUAAUCCUGAUGCUAUUGGUGGAGGAGUAGAAAUUGAUGAUGUAGAAGAAUUAUUGCCCGAUAUGGAGGAUGAACAACAAACUGAGGGCUUAGAUAACUCAGAUAAGAAUAUGGAACCAGAAGGAGAACAAGCCCAAGAAAAACAAGAUGAAAUUCAAGACGAAUUAGAACCCGAACCCGAAGCCCAAAAACAGGAUGAAAAACAAGAAGAAUUAGAACAGGAAGACGAAAAAACCAAAGAUAAACAGAAGCAAAAGCAGAAGCAAAAAGAAAAGCCACAGGAGGACGAGCAACAAGAUGAACCAGAAUAUAGUCGACAGAAUGAGAAAUAA